UAUGUGUCAUACAAUGUUUUGAUCUACUUUCGUUUUGGUUCUGUUCGGUGCGAUCAUAGCGGAUCCGAAAUUCAACAUCAAAUUUCCGCGAUUCCAAUUAGUUUUUAGCUUUAAUACAAUCCCUUUGAGCUGAAGUCAAGAACAAAGUUCUAAAUAGCAACAAUAGUGAUUAAAAUAAAUAGGUAUAAUUAGCAAAGCUGAUCGAUCGUGAUUCAACUUGACCCGUCAUGAUUUUGGAGUUCGUAAGUUCGAGUAAGAGUGGACACUUCUAGAAGCAACUUGCACCGCAAUCCGGAUUAUGAAAUAUCCCACCUGUCGGAAUAACGUCUGGACAGAGCGCUACGAGUCUUCUCCGUACAACCCAUUGGAAUGGCCGUUUGUGUAAAAGUGAAGGCCAACAGUAGAUCCUUCGGCAGUUCUAGAGACUUUUCAAUAUACGACUUUGCGCACUCGGGUCAGUCGAAAGCCCGGGCACCAAAAUCGAACGUCUUGGCCUUGGAUGCAAGGGAAACCUUGGAGGCAUUGGACGAUGAAAUGGUUUCGACGGAACGAUCGGAUCAGAACAGGAUGGAGGUCGAAGACAGCAGUGCCCAGCAGGAGGAAGCUGUCUAUUGCGAUUAUGUGAUCGUCAUCUGGUACCUGAUAUCGGAACACCUCCGACCGGAAGACGUCGGAAGGUUUGCACUGAUCUGUCGAAAAACGGCCGAGGUGGUGCAAUCGGCCAAAUUUUGGCACCAUAUCUAUAGGAAGCACUACGACCGCAGUGUGGAUCUUCCACGGUGGCUUCAACCGGAUUGUAUGCUGCUGCUGAGGGGUUUGCGUGCCCGCACUAUUCGAGCAUUGUACUAUACUUAUCCUCCGUUUGUGCAACGGAUCGCUGCAACGGCUUUUGCCGAUCCCCAUCGGGUGGCAGGCCGGCAGCUAAUAUUCUCCUGGUAUAGCAAGUGUAAGACCGGUUGGAACUACUACUUCAAGCUGAAAGCCAAGCUGAUCCCGGGCAGUCGAGCUGCCCGGUCGGCGCGAAUGCAGAAACAGAAGGAUUCACUGGAGUACCUGCAGGAUACGUACUCGAACCCGGAGGAAGGCUGCCAGAUACUGAUCAUCACGACGGACACCAUGCAUCUACUGCCGUACUACCACGAACAGCUGACCGUAAAAUCAUUCACGCAAACCCUGGCCCAGGGGCUGAUCAACUACAAGGUGCGACUGCAGAUGGCCAACUAUUGCCAGAGGGUAGUGGACGAGAUUGUGUUCGUGCCGGUCCGCAGGGUACGGCUGCUGGAUUGGUGGAAUCCGGAGUACUACCGGGAGGAUCCGACCAUCGAGAAGAAGCGGGAGGAGGAGGAACCUGAUCUUCAAGGGCAGCAGUUGGAAUCCGAUGCGGACAAUGUUUACUGGGAGGACUGAGCGAGUGUAUGGGGAAACGGUUUUGUGGAAAAAUAAAACGAGGUUCUAAACUGUUAAAAACGUAAUUUUGUAGUCAGGUCAUAUUUUCGUUUGGUAAUCCUUUUUCCCAAGGUUCAUUCUCGUAUAGUCCUAACCCCCGUAGAGAGUAAUACUCCUUGAAUGUUUUUAUCAGUGUAUGUAGUGUCGGAUGCACGUAAAGAAAAGACGUCUGUUUUAUAAGAUUCACGACCAGAACAAAAGACCUUUUAUUCCAUGUCUACUUCGAUCUACAAAUUUACCGUAAACGUACCAUAUUUGACGCGGGUCCAAACUUGACGCAUUUUCUAAUUAAUGUUAUCAUAAAUUAAUUCUAGAUCAGACUAGCACUCAAAAAUGUAUUGCUUAAUCUUUAUUUACAUGUUAUUGAAGGAUUCCAAUCGAAAAAAGUUUAUAUUUGAUUGAUAAUAGUUAAAAAAUAAAAUUUAUUUGAAAAUGCAUCCGACAAGUGCGUCAAUUUUUUCAUUCCUUAGUGAAUGUGCUAACUAUUGUUGAUCAAUUUUCGUGAAAUUAUUGUGCUGUUUGACAGCAAUAUAAUCAACAACAGUCAGUAAUAUUAUUUUAUUCAUGAAUUGACGUCGAAAGUUUUCUACUUUUAAGCUUUAAGACAUAUUGUUGUAUGAAAAUCUUGUGCGUCAAGUUAGGCACACAAUGUUCCUAAUUAUUUGCUAUUUUGUUCAGCAUGUUUUGUUGAAUCGAAAAUAGGAAAAUAAAUAUUUAUGGUGCUUGCAUUCAAAAAAUCCGUCCACAGAACAAUCCGAGGCUUUAUGUAAUCGGAUGUAAAGGGUCAUCCAUAGAUUACGUCACGUUUUUAGGAAGAGGAGGAGGUUCAAGGAAACGCAACGAU